AUGUCGGACUCUUACAACAGGCAUAACUACAACCAAUACGGCUCACCUCAGGGCAGUACCGGCCAGUAUGGUGGAUAUUAUCAGGGACAGCCGAUCAACUAUCCGCCUAGGCAGGACCAAUAUGGCCAGUCACAGCAUAUACACUUUCCACCCACCCCACCCUACGAGACUCGUCCGAAUAACCCCUACUAUGGCCCUCCUCCUCCUUACAGCGAACAGGCCUAUGCGCCCCCACAUGGUGGAAUUCCACAGGGUGGGUAUACAAACGAACGUGGCUAUCACCAAGAUAUGAACUAUGGCUAUGGGUAUAGCCAGGCGCCCUAUGCUCAGCAGCAGGAGCCGCCUGUCCAGGGAGAGAGUGCCUCAUAUUAUAAUACGAAACCGGAAGACUCUCAGCAGCAUGGACAUAAUCCAGGUCCUGGAAAGCCACAGGGCGAAAAGGGCCUUGGCUCAUCACUGCUUGGUGCCGGCGCCGGUGGUCUUGUGGGCCAUAAACUUGGAGGUGGAUUGUUGAGCACAGCUGGAGGUGCAUUAGCCGGUGCUGCAGGGAUGGGCAUAGCUAACAAGCUGUAA